AUGUUUUACGAGACAACAACAACAAAUGAACAAGAAUCUAAAGGGUCAGACGGAAAUUAUAAUCAAAGCCUGUCGGAAAUACCUCGAAGGAACACAUACAGAGGCCUAUUGCAAAAAAUUGGUGAAAUUGGUAAAAUUGGUUUUUGUUGUAAAAAAUCACACAACAACGCACUCUGCGACAAUAGACCUCAAAAAUUCAAGCAAGCUGGACAUACGCCCAUGCCAGAAAGGGAAGUCAAAUUAGGCCAUGAAACGGCUAUAAUCAACAAGAUCACCGAAAAGGAAAGAGAAUUUUUACUUUUAUGCAAAGAAGUUAUUGCCUUUGAUACAGAAAAUUCAGAAUAUUACGAAGAAGUUCUAGUCUUCGUAUCCAAAGAAUUAGCAAAUCGUUUAGAACUUGAAGAAAUCGAAUUAACAGAAUUAAAUACAUCUACCUUUGGAGCCAGACAUCAUACGGUACUUCCCACAGUAAAGGCAUUAAUUGGAAUAAGAAAUAAGGAUAAAGAGAUGAUAAUUUGUGGAGUGAAUGUGGAUACACCAUUUACGAUGUAUGAAAAUUACCAAUACCAAGUACUAUGGAAGGAAUCUACAACUAAAUUAAGUAAAAAUUAUGGAAUAUGUUAUGGCCGACUGAAAAAUUUGAUUGGACGAUUUCAGUUUGGUCAACAAGAAUUCGAAUAA